CAGAUUGUCAGAACUCGGAACUAAAAGUUUUUGAUAACUCAGUUAUUAAGCAGUUAUCAUAACUGCUUAAUAGAUUGCAUUGUUCAUUUUGGAUAACGCUUAUAAACGAUUUUGAACUUUAUGGAAUUCGGAGAUAGUUAUUCCCAAUGCCUGCCGUGUGCUGCGGACUGAAUGAAGUGAACGCUAUAAAAGUGUCUGUGCUCCAAGUUUAACGGCGUUCAGGCAGAAAGUGAAACACGCGAUUCGCGUACUCGGUACUCUUUUACUUUCCGCGUUUUUGAACCAGGAAUUUGAGAUAGUAUAACACCAUCUAUCCACAAUUUCUUGUGAGCCUGUUCUCCCACCCGGUUGAUAGUUUCGUGCAGUGGAUUGCCCGACAUCUGAUCCGUUUGGAUUCAUCGGCUGUGCUCGUUUGCUGUGUCAUACGCUUGCCCGAUUUGUUUGACUACCGCAGUCACGGUGUAGUGCUUCAGCUUGCUGUCGUUCUUGCUGGAAUUCUGACUCUCGGAGCCUGCUUUUAUUGUGCUGGUUGCUGAUAGAUUGUUAAAUCCGCCAUGUCUGGCAUCGCCAUGGGUUGUACCAGGAUCUGUGCACGUUUUUUCGAGUAUGAUACACCAAAGAUCGUCCACAUUCGCAGCUUCAAGGUUGGCAUCCUGUACAGAUUCGUCCAGCUGGUCAUUAUCGCCUACAUAAUUGGUGUGGUGAUGGUGUACAAAAAGGGCUAUCAGGAAUUCGAUAAUGUGGAAAGCACUGUCACAUCCAAAGUCAAGGGUGUCGUGAUGACGAACAACAGCAUGCUGAACAGCACCGGCAACGAUGUGCGAGUGUGGGACACUGCCGAUUACGUUGUGCCGCCGCAAGAAAACGGAGCAUUUUUCGUGACAACAAAUUACAUUAUGACACCGGACCAGGAGCAGGGAAUCUGUCCGGAAGAUUCUCGGUCUCAUCAGCAAGGUGCGACCUGCACCAGCGAUGCCGACUGUCCCGCCAAAUCGCAGUCUGCCAACGGGAUCCGCAACGGCACCUGUAACACCACCACCAACACGUGCAACAUUUACGCGUGGUGUCCGGUGGAGACUGAUAUGGAGCCAUCUGUGCCAAUGCUCCAGGGAACGGAAACGUUUACUGUUCUGAUCAAAAACCAGAUCAUUUUCCCUAAAUUUGGAGUGAGGAGGCGAAAUAUUUUGGAUUCUUUUGCAACUAACAAUACCUAUUUGAGCGGCUGCCAUUAUGACCCGGUAACCGAUCCUUACUGCCCGAUUUUCCGCUUGGGUGAUAUUGUCCGACUUGCCGGGGAAAACUACACAGAACUUGCCGUGAAAGGUGCCGUGAUGGGAUUUGUGAUUCAGUGGGACUGCAAUUUAGAUUUAGCGGUUGAAAAAUGCCGGCCAAAAUACUCCUUCCGACGUAUCGAUAAUCGGGACGACGUUACAGCAAAGGGCUGGAAUUUCAGAUAUGCGAAUUACUGGAAUGUGCCCGGAAACAGCACAACCACCAUCCAGAAGCGAACGCUAAUUAAGGCUUUUGGAAUACGGUUCAUAUUUUACGUAUAUGGGACUGCUGGCAAAUUCAACUUCGUACCGAUGGCAACGAACCUUGGUGCCGGUCUAGCUCUGCUCGGACUAUCGGUUAUUGUCUGCGAUAUGAUCCUCCUCUAUUGCACGAAAAAGCGAGAGUUCUAUCAUGAAAACAAGUUCGUCAUGGUUAAGGACGAUGAUGCUCUUCUGGUGGAAGAUUCGGUCAAAUCCAAUUACUCGUACCGGGAUUUCAACCAUUCUGACGCAUGAACGCUACGAAUGGACUCAAAACUGUGCUCAGCAGCCAAAUGAUUAAUGAUGCCCGGUGGAAUGAGUCAGACUCUGGUCUCUUCUGGUGAUAAAACGUUAGUUUGUCGGAAUUUUUUCCCGUGAAGAUUAUUGCCAAGUGUGAUUAAUGGUCGUACCUAUAUCUCCUAUGUACUUUGGUCUCGCGUUUUAAUUGUGUUCCGACAAAAGGGUUUUUUUAUUGUCUGGGCCUUGUUUUUACUUUUAAUGGGUAUGCUUUUUUAUUGCUCAUAUUUUUUGUGGAGAAGGCUAAUUUGGAUAUGUACUGGUAUUUUGCUAGAAACUGCGGUUUUGUGAAUUGUCUUGCCUAGAAGCGCAAUGGCGACGCCUUGAUUACUUUGAACAAAAUAAAGUGUUUGCGGUGGGCAAUGAUAAAACAAAA